AACGAAUUCAUAAACAAUGCAGUUACAGAUAUCGCUGGACACUCCGUUUGAUGACAGAACCGCGUCAUCCUGGUCGAGGAGGGAGAGGCAGAAAUGGUUCCUGUCAUUGCUAUGUGGAACAUGUCUGAUAUAUGCUACACGUACAUCUGUUCCUCUGCUGAUACCUGUUGUCAGUCAGGAGAAGAAUUGGUCCAAAUCGGACUCAGGCAUAAUAUUGUCGAGCUUCUUCUGGGGAUAUACAUUGACGCAAGUAGCCAGUGGCUACAUUAGCGACAAAAUCGGUGGCCAGAGAGUAUUGUGGAUAUCUGCUCUUGGUUGGUCGGCAACAACUUUCGUCAUGCCAGAAAUUAUAGAAUUUUUUUCCGGAGAUGGGACAUCCGUUCUGCUUGUUGCAGCAGUGAGAAUGAUAAACGGAGCAUUCCAAGGAAUGCAUUUUCCUAGCAUGAUUAGCUUGAUCAGUCAACGCUUGCACGAGGCAGAAAGGGCCUCCUUUUUUAGCUUAUUAACAUCAGGAUCUGCUCUGGGCACUCUACUCACUGGGUCUUUAGGCUCAUAUCUUCUGGAAAAUUAUAACUGGAUGACUGUCUUUCGAGCGUUAGGAGGCAUGAGUUUGGCAUGGACAGCUUUAUUAAGCUACCACACUCUGCCUUUUAAGGAAAAAACAGCUUCUAUCAAGUCUACCGACUACACUUUGCCUUGGUCCAAACUUCUAUCACAACCUCCUUUCUGGUCCUGUGUUAUUGGACAUGCUUGCCAAAAUAACUGUUUCUUUGUACUACUUUCAUGGAUGCCUACAUAUUUCCAUGACACAUUUCCUGAAAUCAGGGGCUGGAUUGUAAAUAUGGUGCCAUGGCUAUCGAUGUUACCUUGUACAUUCUUGGGCAAAGCUCUGUCAGAAGAGAUAAUUAAAGCCGGUUAUUCUGUUACUGUGACACGCAAAACAAUCCAAACGAUUUGUUUUGUCAUCGAAAUUGGAAGUCUAUUAUUUUUGGCGAAAGUGGAAAGUUUUGAAAAUGCCAUACUUUGUCUCGCGUUAAUUAUUGGUGGCUCAGGCUUUCACAAUAACGCUAUCGCUGUUAAUCCUUCGGAUCUUGCACCAAAGCACUCUGGCAGCGUAUUCGGUUUGAUGAAUACUGUUGGCGCGAUACCUGGUUUUCUCGGUGUAUAUUUUUCUGGACAUAUUCUACAUGUGACACACAGUUGGCCUGCUGUCUUUUUAUUUAUAGCUGUUAUUGAUGCAUUAGGAUGUAUAAUGUAUUUAUUGUUUGGCUCAGGCCAAGCAAUCAUAUAAAUUGUAAAAUAAAAAUAAAU